AUGAACGGCUUUGGAAAUACUACCCCUCGUUCCAAUUAUCGGUACUUGCGCUCUUGCUGGAGUGAUGUGCCAUUUAUUGUGCUUCAUUCGAGGGGAGCACCAUAUGCAAGCUCCGAUUAUAUGCGACCAUACCCUGAUGCUCGACGCCUUGGUAAUCUCUUGUAUGACCAGCUCGACAUUUAUAAUUGGGAUUAUGAUAAGCAUGCUCAGCUAUCGUUGUCUCUACCAUCCGCUCAACAAAUUUCCAGGUCCUCCAUUAGCGCGUGUCACUAA